AGAUCGUGUUACGGGAAUUCUUGGUAUGAAGGAGUUGAGCUCCCCAGGUAGAUAUCUUGGUUUCCCAGCCCAAGUUAGUAGAGCAAAGGCAAGAGCAUUUUCUGAUCUGAAGAGUAAGUUCCGGGCUCGUAUUUGUGAUUGGCGAGAGCAACCCCUUUCAAAGGCUGGGAGAGAGGUUCUCAUCAAGUCAGUUUUACAAGCUCUCCCUAUGUACUUCAUGGGCAUGUUUCUUCUUCCUCGGAGUCUUUGUAUAGAUCUGGAGAGGAUUAUGAAUAGAUACUGGUGGGGUGGGGGUGACGGUCAUUCUAAGAUCCACUGGAUGGAGUGGAGAAAGCUUGCAACUCCAAAGAAGAUGGGAGGUUUGGGGUUCCGAGCUCUUCACGAAUUCAAUUUAGCUAUGCUUGGUAAGCAAGGCUGGCGUUUACUCGUCAACCCGGACUCACUGGUUGCACAAUUGUUGAAGGCUAAAUAUUAUCCCCGGUCAGAUCUCUUGCAUGCGGAGUUGAAGCCCUCCUGUAGCUUUACAUGGCGGAGUAUCUGCUCUGCAACUACCCUUCUAAGACAAGGGUGCAGAAGGUUGAUUGGUGAUGGGCGCUCCAUAGACAUAUGGAAUGAUCCCUGGCUUCUUGGUCAUAGCCAGUUUUAUGUUCAAUCACCCCGUCCAGCCGGUUGCGAGCUUCGCCACGUAUGUGAUCUUAUUGAUGCUGAUUCCCACUACUGGAAGAAUGAUUUAAUUCAGGCAACUUUUAAUCCUCAUGAGGCCCAGCUUAUCUUAUCCAUGCCCUUGAGUUGGGUGCGUCGAGAUGAUGGCUGGACAUGGCAGUUUACAAGACAAGGUUCUUAUUCCGUCCGCUCUGGUUAUCACCGUGCAAUGGCCAUGGGUGGGUCUCAUGCAGGCCCCUCCCCGUCCUCCUCAAGCUUCAGGGGUGGUCUUCUUUGGAAUCUUGAUAUCCCUGAGAAGGUUCGCUUGAUGAUUUGGCAAGCUUAUAGGAAUAUUCUCCCCACAAAAGAUAAUCUAAUGCGUCGCCGAGUUGAAGUCGAUCUUGACUGUCCUAUGUGUGGCAUGGAGCAGGAAUCUGUGUUCCAUUGUCUAGUGGCUUGUGCGGCUAGUCGUGCAGUUUGGAUGGGUUGCCCGCUUAAUCUCCGAAUCUCAAACCUUACUGGGGAUAAUUUUGCUAGCUUCCUUGAGUAUAUGCUGGACCUCUUGCAACAGGAACAGCUUGAACUCCUGUGUGUGCUCUGCUGGAAAAUCUGGAGUUCCAGGAAUGAUGCUCUGUGGAAUGAUAGAUCCCCCAACCCGCAGCUUAUUAUCGAACAGAGCUUAAGAUUUUUAGAUGAGUAUCGUAGAGUUAUGGCUUUACGAGGUCGAGGCCCCUCGGCGUCUCAUCGGAUGGAAACGAGAUGGACCCCUCCAGAUGGAGAUCAUGUGAAGAUAAAUGUUGAUGGGGCAGUUUCAGCUCACCAGCGAAUUUAUGGCAUGGGCGCCGUUGCACGGAACAGCUCGGGGGCAGUGGUGGCAGCCAUGUCAUGCAAAGGUCAGGGGACUGUGUGUGCCGAGAUUGCUGAGGCAUGUUGUUUGCGCAAAGCUUUGCAAUGGGCUUGUGAGCUCUCCUUCGAGAAGGUGAUUAUGGAAUCGGACUGUGCCAGCUUGGUGACAGCUAUGAACUCCCCCCUUUCUGAUAUAAACUCCAGCUUAGGAACUGUUCUAUCAGAUUGCAAAUUGCUUAUGGCCUCUAUUGAUAAUUGUCAUGUCAAAUUCAUCCGCCGCGUGGGAAAUUCAGUGGCUCAUGAGCUGGCACGGCGGGCUCUGCACGCUGAGGAUGAUGAGUACUGGACAACAGAGGUGCCACCUUUUCUCGCGCAUAUUGUCACAAAGGAAAUGCCUUAAUCUGGAUGUUUUGUAAAGUUCUUUGUUUUUAAGUGAAAUAAAAUAUGCGCCUAUGA